ACUCAGCUCCACUGCGUCCUCUGCGGCGUGAGCUUCAGCAUCGCGCGCCUGCGCACCCGUCACGAGCCUCGCUCCCACGCCUGGAACUACGAGGGUACCGACUUCGUCGACGAUAACGUUCAGCCUGGCGACAAGUGCGGCGAAGGAUGUUGCUUUGUCAAACGCGGCAAAGCCCCUGACGAAUUCUUGCCCUCUGAGGCCGAUCGGUCAGGCAUUGUCUACUCCUACCUCAAAGCCGAACUUUUCUUAGAGCAUGUUGCAGGGCCAGGAUGUAGGAAUACCAACGCCUACAACGGUCAUACUGUAAGCGCUUCUGCUGUACAGUGUGUGAGGACGGCCCAAUGUCUUCUUCGUAAGCCCAUCGGCGGUGAUAUCGACUUCGAAGGGUACAUUACUCCGGCUUGGACUCCCGAGCCCGACGACGAGGCUUGGGAAGGAACUUCGGCCUGGACGCUGAGCGGCCUGAACGCUCUCAUCGUCGAACCCAUGAUGGGUCCCAGCAAAGACUGGGCGCCCAUCCGCCACGGCGUGAAGCAAGUGAACGACGCGGGCUUCUGGCAGCCUGGCAUCGACAAUAUUGGCAUGGCGUUCCAUCCAUGGUGCAUGGAGGUUUAUCAGCGCGCUGUAUUUCAUCAAAAGGGAAAGGUGGACGUGGAUGGCGUGGGAGAGUGGUGGGAGCGGGACGAAGUGGAAAAGGUGGAAAGGUCAGUGGCCGUGUGGGAGUGCGAUCAACAGUGGUGGGACCAUGGGCGGGGAUCAGAAUUCUUGAUCACCGAUCCGUUGAAAGAUGCCGGACUGGUGAAGAUGCUUCAGGAUGCGACGGAGACCUCUGAACACUUCGACCCGGCGGGCAGCGCAUUCCCAUCGAGGACCCUUCCCGAAACAACGGCCGAUCAGCAGCAGAAGACUAUACUUGAUCCCUUCUCGACGCUCCCUGCCGAGUUGCUUCAAAACAUCCUCACUGAGCUCCCCAACGCUUCCAUCGCCGCUGUUCGGGAAGCCUCACGAGCUUUCACACAUAUCCCCAUUUCCUUUUUCUAUCCGCUUGUUCGCAGAGACUACCCCUGGAUCUGGGAGGCCGAUCAGGAGACUUUAGCCGCGCUCCCGCAAUACUCGCAGUGGACAAAGGCCGUCAUCGACAAAGCUGCCCGCAAGCUGAAUGAGAGCGGCGAUAUAGACCACAUCACCCCAAUUUCGCUUCCCCGUUUCGAGACGAACUGGUUCAAGCUUUAUGCGUCGCUGAGGAAACAUAGCGGCUCUCUUCCCGGACUGAGGAACCGUGAGAGGAUCUGGCGGGAUUGUCAGCAGAUUAUCACGAUGAUCGAUGAGAUGAGGGCGAGAUCUGCCUAG